AUGUCGUGGUUUUCCUAUCUCUAUUACAAGCUCAUUGCCGUGUUCAUCCGAGCAAUUGUGCGGUUUCGCUCUCGCAGGCGUACCGUGGUCCUUCCCGAUGAGGUGUACCGUAUUCCAUCUAGAGAAACUGAGAGGACAAUCAAGACCCAUGUUUACCGAUCAUCAUCUGCAGCCAAAUUGUCACCCGUCUUGAUCAAUUUCCACGGCAGUGGUUUCGUUAUCCCAAUGCAUGGGAGCGACGGUCCCUUUUGUCGCCAGGUUAGCCAAGAGACCAAAUACACGGUGCUUGACGUGCAGUACCGUUUAGCGCCUGAACAUCCAUUCCCCGCAGCGCUGAAUGACGUCGAGGAUGUGGUCAACUGGGUACUCAAUCAACCCACCGAGUUCGACUUGUCUCGCGUAGACAUUUCGGGCUUUAGUGCUGGAGCGAAUUUAGCGCUAGCAGCCUCAUCGACCAUUUACCCCCGAGACACUUUUCAUGCUGUGCUUGCCUUUUAUCCACCGCUCGAUCUUUACACUGAUCCAGCUGCCAAGGUUUCGCCAGACCCCACGGGAAAGCCUAUUCCUCCAGCGACGGCCCGCAUGUUCGACAAAUGCUACAUUCCCUUUGGCAUGGAUGCCAGGGACCCCCGCAUCUCCCCGUAUUACAGCGAGCCGGACCGCUUCCCAGACUGCGUGUUGAUGGUGACGGCAGCUGGUGAUAGUCUCGCGGGCGAAGCCGAAAGGUUGGCCACCCGUAUCGGCGAAUUGCCUGGUCGCGAGGUUGUCUGUCAACGGAUGCAAAGCUGCAACCACGCUUGGGACAAGAGUGCCCGCAAAGAUACCAUUCAAGGUGAUGCUAAGGAAAAGGCAUAUGCUAUGGCUGUUGCAAUGUUGUCUCGGGAGUAG